CUGAUCAGAAUACAUAAGGAUUACUUUAGAUCUGGCCUCUUCAGGCUUGUGUUGGCUUAGGGUUUUGUGUUUUCUUUUUCCAUGUUCUUGAACCAUGAAACGCCUCAGAUUCUUCUGCCACUGUAACACUCCACAAGCUUGUCACCCCCAAGGCUUUUUUGUUUAUUCUGCAAAUUUUCUUACUAGGUAGUAUGUUUAGGAUCUGCCCUGUAGAUUCAGUGACAUGCUUGCCCAAGCUGACUCUCAUUUUUCCUGAAAAUAUAUGUAAUUUUUCAGGCACCUCCAUACCACUGACCCUGCAGUGUUCGCAGUUCUCAUCUGGCUUUGUGUCAUUAGCAAACUUUGCUAACGUUCCCAUACAUAUCCAACAAUAAUAACCUUAUUGCUGACAUUACUGGCUCCUCGUUUUGUGCCUUAGCAUGGUGCUGUUUAUUACAAACACUUAAAUCACGUGAAGCAGGGUCAGCAGUGAGGGUAUUAGUGAACCAACUUCCUCAGUUUGCACAGUGGGUGCGGUGUUAGAGCAGUGCUGUAUUCCUGUGUGGUGGCCAGUCCUGGAUUUGAGCAUGGGCACAGAGAGAGAGGCUUGCUCUGAGAUGAUACCUUGGCUUCCAGGGGGUGGUUUCAGACACCUCAACCCUUUCUGUGCCCUGACCUUUGGGCUGAGGCUUUUCUCAAGCAGAGAGAGGAAUUCCCAGUCUGGUAGUUUUGGAGACAGAAAGAGAAGCUGAUUUAAAGCUUCCCUUUGUGGAGGAGAAGCAGGGGUUUUCACAGUGUUCUCAAACAGUGUAAAGAUGUGGAGCUCUCCUUCAGUGACGUGACGGGCAAGCCUGAAGCCUUCAAAGGCACCAAGAAAGGGAUGCUGUAUCUCACUCCUUACAGGAUGAUCUUUGUGUCAAAGGGCAAGGAUCCUAUGCUGUCUUUCAUGAUGCCGUUUUAUUUGGUGAAAGGAUGCUCAAUCGAGCAGCCUGUUUUCUCUGCCAAUUACAUCAAAGGACAGAUUCAGGCGGAGGCAGGAGUUCUAAUUCUUUCUCUCCUAGGUGGCUGGGAAGGGCAGGGGACAUUUAAACUGACUUUCAACAGUGGAGGAGCUAUUGAGUUUGGACAGCUGAUGUUCAAAGCUGCGUCUAAUGCUUCCAGUGGCGUUCCUCUCCAGAACCCUGGCUAUGGCUAUACACCUGUGCCCGGAGGGUAUGCACCCGCCCCACCUGCUCCUGGGUGUUAUUCACCUGCACCAGGGGGCUAUGCUGCUCCUCCACCACCAAACGGACCGUAUCCUUAUACACCACCUCCGAUGAAUGCCUAUGGACCUGCUCCACAGCCCAUGGGAUAUCCAUAUGCCCAGACUCCAGGUAUUUACCCACCACUUCCAAACACGAACCCCAUGUAUGUGCCACCUCCUCCCCCUUACUCCGGGCCAUCUCCUGCAGGACCCUCAGCUCCCCCAGCCUGGAUGGGCCCAGGGAUGCCAGGGGGCAAUAAGGCCAUGGAAGCUGCAUCCAGUGCAUAUUACAACCCUGCCAACCCACACAAUGUGUACAUGCCCAUGGAUCAGCCACCUCCUUAUGCACCUCCUGAGGAUAAGAAGAACAACUAACAGAAGGAAAUUGCAACCAGCCUCCCACACUCUCUCUCCCUGAAGACAACUUGGCUGUUACUACCCCUCGGGUUAGCAUAUCUCUAGGUCUCCUUGUAUAUAUACAAUAUAUGUAGUGCUGGGCAGCUGAGCACCUGCCCUCCUUAAACAUUAAGUCAGUAGCAAUACAAGGCGGAACAACAGCACUUCCCUGCUUAUUUGCUUUAUAUCAUGGGGGCAAAGCACUAACCUUUUGCUCUGCCAUUGGCUUGAGGAGAGAGAUGGACUUCUUAAACCACCAGUAGACCACAUCACUAAUCUAGAACUGAAAUAUGAAGGCUCUGGGAUCUUGGAGUAGAACUCCUUGGAAUGCCAAACUUUUGACUUCUUCUGAAGCACCAUCUGAGGGGGAAGGUAUAGAGAGCCAUGAGGUUCCUUGCAUAGACCCUUGGGUGCCCCAGAAAGGUGUUAAAUAUCUUUAAAUUCUGGCACAGCUCAGUGUGAGAUGGGACUCUGGAAAUCCUGUAUUGUGCUGGAAGUGUGUUUCAUGUCCUGGACUAACAGUCAUGGUGUGAUGAACUUGGGAAGUGCAUCCUAAGACACAUGGAAGCAUUUGGCUGUGCAAGAGGGAAGGGGAUGGGCCGCAGUCAGCCUGCCUUUGUAGACAUUGAAUAGAAAAGCAAACAAAGGUGUGCUGCAGGGCAGUGAGCUGAUACUGGCAGGCUUGUGAAUCAGUCUUCCUUUCCCUCUCCCAGAAGCAGGUCCCAUAUCUGUGCAAUGAUCCUGUGUCAAGCAGCUGUUCUUCAAGCGUAAUGGAGUCAAGUGCUGCCCAGGUGGCUGCUUGCCUUGGAGCAAAAUACGUUAUGUUAGGAAGAUGACCUGGCAUUAGCCUUGUCAGGAGGCAGGUCCUGCAGCCCUCGCUCCCUCUGCUGAGCAAGCUUGUGCUGCAUGCUAGCUCCGCCGGGGACAACUGGCCUUCAUCUUCUUCCUUGGGCCGCUACAGCCAGUGCGUGUAUGCCCACACCUGAGCAGUGUGGGAGGGUAGGUGCUGUAAUACUGGGGCUGGGUUGCUUAGGGGUGCAGUGCCCUCUCUCAGCUGCGAACCACUGUCUGGUGUGGAUGUUACUAAUGCUCAGCUCUCUUGCAGAGACUGGCUGCUCAGCCUCAGCCUUUCCUUCUUCCUUAGGACAUAGUGCCAUUAAACCUGCCCUGAAGAGAGGGUCUCUAGUCUGGUAGAGACCCUUGUGAUCCUUUACAUAUGGGGUGAUUGUACUUCUUCCUACAGCCUUCCUACCUUCACAGUGAAGGGGAAGGGGUGUUUUCCCUCUUACUUCCCUGUGUGCCAGGGCUCUCCUGUAAGUCAGGCUUGCAUGAUGUGCAAGUGUGAAUUCCUGAAGCAGCCCUGCAUGGGGGGGGAAGUAAAUUUCCUUAUGUAUAAACACCUUUUAAGUCUGAGUUAGAUAUAUUCUAAUAACUCUGUAUUUAAAAAAAAAAAAUCAACCAGGAAUGUUUGUAACUUUUUGAACUGCACUUUAAUACAGGAGUGUUGAUACCUUUA